CUCAUCUUACAGGUAAAUCCCAAGGAACUUGAUCCAAAAUAUGCUCAUAUCCAAGUCACUUAUGUGAAGCCCUACUUUGAUGACAAAGAACUCACAGAAAGAAAGACAGAGUUUGAAAGAAGUCAUAAUAUCAACAGAUUUGUUUUUGAGGCUCCUUAUACCUUAUCAGGCAAAAAGCAAGGCUGUAUAGAAGAACAGUGUAAACGCCGUACAAUCUUGACUACUUCAAACUCGUUUCCCUAUGUGAAGAAGAGGAUUCCUAUAACCUGUGAACAGCAGAUUAAUUUAAAACCAAUUGAUGUUGCCACUGAUGAAAUAAGAGAUAAAACUGCAGAGCUGCAAAAGCUUUGCUCCUCUGCCGAUGUGGACAUGAUUCAGCUUCAACUUAAGUUGCAAGGCUGUGUUUCUGUGCAGGUCAAUGCUGGUCCAUUGGCAUAUGCAAGAGCUUUCUUAAAUGAAAGUCAAGCCAGCAAGUAUCCUUCUAAGAAAGUGAAUGAGUUGAAAGACAUAUUUAGGAAAUUCAUACAAGCUUGUAGCAUUGCACUUGAACUAAAUGAGCGGUUAAUUAAAGAGGACCAAAUUGAGUACCAUGAAGGGUUAAAGUCAAAUUUCAGAGACAUGGUGAAAGAAUUGUCUAACAUUAUCCAUGAGCAGAUAUUACAAGAAGACACAAUGCAUUCUCCCUGGAUGAGCAAUACAUUGCAUGUAUUUUGUGCAAUUAGUGGUACAUCGAGUGACAGGGGUUAUGGUUCCCCAAGAUACACUGAAGUAUGAAGAAAUUUGGAUGUAAAUGACAAUGGGACUGACCUUUCUCAGGAAUAUUUGGAGCUGUGCAAAUGUUAAAAUUUAAAGAUUUGAUAUAUGUGGAGUGUUUCUUCCUUGACACCAAAAUUUUCAUGCUUUCAAACAGGGUGCUUACAUAUUUGUAAAUAUUUAAGCAACUUGAAAGUGCCUGGAAAAUUGCACCACUGUGCUUGGUUUGUACUUUUUUAGGUAAAUCUAUAUGCUGAAAAAGUAGAGCUCACAAACGUUAAUUCAAUUUGCUUAAUUAUUGCUUAAAAUAAUAAUGGUACUAUGUAAAAUUGUAUAAUGGAACACAAUAAAAGGUAAAAC